UUGAGUAGUUUCAUCCGAUCUGGAAAGACCGACGUAUUUUGUGUCUCUCGAAUUAAGAUUUGUAACGAUAGCCUGUAGAUCGAGUACCGGCUUGGGCACUGGCCCAGUUCCGAUUUCAUAAUAAAUAAUCAGGUGUACGGGCACUGCCGUGUUUAUUAAAUAAUGUGCCAGCGGUGUAUCGGCGCUCUUGUGUGAUCGACAAAUUUUGUAAAUAAUCGACGCGCGACGACCCGCGUGUGUGUAUAUCGUGCGAAGUUUACUUGUGUCGCGCUCAACGCGCAGCGUACAUUUAGUACGCGUCGAGUGCUGAUCGUGUGUGUGUGUAUGCGAGUGAUGCUGAGAGGUCCGACGCAGCUCGAGAGCUAAACGUCGUCGUCGUCGUUGCUGUAAUCGUCCUCGUCCUUGCACAGGGACGUUCCACGCGGCUCCAUCAUGAAGGAAACGAACAAUCACCACAGACAGGCAAAGCCUCACCACCAUCCCUACGAACUCGUGCACGAGUACGCGGCGAUACAAGCGACGCAAGCGGCGCAAGCAGCCGCCGCUGCGGCGGUAGGCAUGUCGGCCGACCCUUACAGUGCCGUGCUGCAAGCUUCGAUGCAGUCGUCGCAUACCGUCGUCAAUCCGCACUUCUUCUCCACCAGUCCUCAUCUCCCAGUCUAUCAUCAUUCUCAUCCCCAUCCCCAUCCCCAUGCCCAUACACACCAUCAUCAUAGCACCAGCAGCGGCGGCGGCGUCAUCUACCCGUCGCUCUCUCCGCCGCUUCAAUCCUUGCAGCAGCUGCAGCAGCAGCACCAACAGCAGCAGCUGCAACAGCAACAGCAACAGCAACAGCAGCACUUCCCGACGGUCUUGCCCCUGUUGUCGUCGUCGCCGUCGUCGUCCUCGCCACCCGCGAUAACGACUAGCCCGGUGAAUUCGACGUCCCCCUCCUUCACAACCGCCACCCUGUCGGUGCGACGCAACAUUCAGGACUUCCAAAGCCAGCAGCAGCAGCAGCAGCAGCAGCAGCAGCCGCAGCAGCAGCAGCCGCAGCUGCUGCCGAAAAUUCAGCCACCGCAAGCACAGCAACAGCACACAACACAGCAGCAAUUGCCGCCAAGUAUCAUUCCCGAGGAAGUCUUAGUGCCCAAAUUGAACCGUCGCAACCAGCAGCUUCCGUUGUUUCGGCCGGAGCAGCAGCAGCAGCAACAGCUUCUGCUUUUAGCCCAGCAGCAGCAACAACAAAUACAACAACAACAACAACAACAACAACAACAACAACAGCAGCAACCCCCGCCGGCGCCGAGCGAACAGAACAGUCCGGACUCGACCGACUUCGCGGCCAACAUCAAUAACAACAGUAGCAACGACAAUAGCAACAAUAAUGGCAAUUUCAACCACAAUAACAAUAACACAAUCAACAACAACAACAACAUUAACAACGGUCGAGCUUGUCCCUUGAACCACAUCAACAACAAUAACAAUCACAGAACCAACAACAACAAUAUCAGAAGAAACAACAACAACAACAACAACAUCGAGGAUGGGCCUGCGCACAUCCGUCACUCGGAAUCCGCCGAACAGUUGUCCGACACCGCCAUCGCGGGUACGCAUCUCCUGCAGACCAUGUCGCCGACGAUGCAUAAUAUGAAUCAGUUCACCUUGGACCAGGUGGACUGCAUCUGCGAGGCGCUCAUAGUCAAUAAGAAUUACGAAAAGCUUAGCAAAUUUAUGGCCGGGUUGGUGGAGACCAGGUCACCGAGCGAGUGGCGACUGGUCGCCGAAGCGACGGUCGCCUACCAUCGACACGACUGGCGCGAGGUCUAUCGCAUUCUAGAGUCGCGCAACUUCUCGAUGCAUCAUCAUCCCCGAUUGCAGACGUUGUGGUUCAAGUCGCACUACCAAGAGCAGGCCAAGGCCCGCGACAGGAGCCUGGGGGCCGUCGACAAGUACAGGCUGCGCAAAAAGUAUCCCCUGCCAAAGACCAUCUGGGACGGCGAGGAGGUGGUGUACUGCUUCAAGGAGAGGGCGCGCAACGCGCUACGCGACAUGUAUAUCAAGAACAAGUAUCCGAAUCCCGCCGAGAAGAAGAUGCUGGCCAAGAAGACGGGCUUGACCCUCACGCAGGUCUCCAAUUGGUUCAAAAACCGGAGACAGCGCGAUCGCACGCCUCAGCAGAGAAACAAUGGCAGCCCACAUCAGCGAACCUCGCCGCCGUCAGCAGCGCUGCAGCUCCAACAGCUACAUCAUCAGUUAACCAACGAGCAGAAUCAAUUGCACCGACAUCAGCACGAUCAACAGCAGCACGCGCUACUCUUGCAGCAUCAGCAGCAGCAGCAGCAGCAGCAACAGCAGCAGCUACAGCAGCAUCAGCAGCAGCAACAGCUGCAACAACAGCAACAGAUACCAGAAAUCCCUAGUCACGUGUUACAGCGGCACAUCGGCACAUUGGACUCGAGCUACUCGUCGGUGACCUUAACGCCGAUGAACUUGCAGUCGGGGCCGGCCGUGCCUACGAGCAGUCCGAUGGCGUUGCUGCAGCAUAACCACUCGCCGACGUACCACAUGCCGUACUCGGCGAGCCCGAUGAUGCCGGAGCAACAGUCGCCGGCCGAAAUCGGCGGCAGCAUCAGCCCGAACGAGCCGCUGGACGUCAAGCCCUUCUCCUCGGCCGAGGAGGAGGAUACCGUCGCAUUGGCAUCGCGCGGGGCGACCGUCCCGACCUAUGAAAGUGAGUACGAUGCAAGCGCUAGCGAUAAGUCCGAUGGUACAUGCGCCGACAAUGAGUUCUCGCUUUUUGGUAGCAAUAGUUUCAUGACGCACCAUAGCGAUGACUACCUGUAUGUUAUUGAUAGCCCUUUAGGUGAUUGCUAUCAACACUUGAAUCCUAACUGGAGUAAGGAUCCCGAAAUUAUUACUCACGUGACAGAUUUCUUAGCUAACAGACAGUCUCCUUAUUGGCCGCCUUCGGGUACUGACUAUUAUGAUCUUAACAGUAAAUCAUUGGGCUCUCUCAAAACGGAACUUGAUUAGAGCCCUUUAGAGCUCCUUUUAGUAUGGAUAAGACCUACUCGACUGCUACUGAUACAAAAAACUCAACUGCUACUAGUGACUUUAUGAGUAAUUUCGACGCACUGAUUUUCGCAGUUGUUACUUAUGGUACUGACUCUAGCCUUUCGAGUAAUUCAAGUUCAAGUCCAAAGGACAGUACCCGGAUUACGACUAACACUAACAAUAACAAUUCAAGUACUAAUCGGACAAAUGAUGCCAAUUUGACUGCUAAUAAUAACUAGACGGACGUACGGACGGUGUACAUUUAUUACUAAGAACAAAAGGACCUGAGCCACAUCUACUACACGCCUCACGCCAACGUGGGCCAUCAGUAUUACAACGCGGCAGCGGUUGCUGCCCAUCCUUAUCACCACCACCAGCAUCAUGCUACGGUCAUGCUGCAGAGUCAGCACGUCAGCAAUUCCGCCAAUCACCAUCAGUCUCAGCAGCAUGCUCACUUGGGACACAUGGGUACAGGAAACUACGACGACGGCUUGGCGCACCAGCAGCAGCCGCCCUCGCUCUGACUGAAUUAUCAGCAUCAUCCCUAGUGCGCCGCGCGCCACUAGGCCGAUACGACUGCAUUUAAUUCAGUCAUGCGGUGCGAGAUUUUUUCAUUUUCUAAUCUUUUUUUCUUUUUUAAAAAAAAGAAAAUUAAGAUUGGUUGUUGAAGAUGAACAGAAAAGAUAUUUAAAAUGUUUAUGCAUCGUUGCAUAAGAAAAUUUUAGACAAAUCAAUGAUGAUUGAUAUCUUAUCAAGAUAUAUUGCUUUUACAUAAGCAAAACUGUAAUAAAUGGAGGUGGGGUAAUAAAUUGGCAGAAUGUAUAUAGUCAAUAUAACGAGCAAAAUUAAAUUUUCCGGAGUGUAAUAAUUAAUUCUGUCAUCUACCAGAAUUAAUGACACAUAUAAUGUGACUCCGGUAUGAAAUCAAACGAUAUAACUUUUAGCUAAUCUCAAAGUCUUCGGAGUAGAAAUUAGGUUUUUUUCUGUAAAUAAGCGAUAUUCUGCAUCGGCUACUUCUAAAAUAAAACCUAGAUUUAGUAAAAAAAGAUUGAGAAUAAAAAAGUGUAUUAUACGUUGUAAAGUUAAAUGAUGAAGUGAUGUAAGCUGCAGAUGUAGAUGAAAUGUGACGGUCUCUAAAAUAUUAAUGUGAAUCAAGAAAUGUGACAGACUCUUAGGUGUUAAUGUAAAUGGUGAAGUGUAAAUAAUUACAGAUAAGGAAUAUUAUUAAGUGCAAAUAAUAUACAUUGAACAUUCCAGUGGUUUUCAGGUAAAAGCUCCUUAAGAAUUUAAUUUUGAGAGUAACAAUGGUAAAGUCAUUGCUUGCCUUGAUUAAGUUCUUUUCGAGACGCUAAAACGAAACAUUAUGUGUUGAGAUAGUGUUUAGUCGAUUUUAUAACAAGCUAUGUUACCUUGAUGUUAUGUAAAUUUAACGCAGUCGUCUUAAAUGCUCACUUGUAACCAUUAAUUUUGUUUUACCAUAAAAAAUACCGAGACGCGCUAGAGUGGUUUCGGCGAGAACUUGGUAAUUCACAAACAAAUACUCGACGGUAAAUGUUAUAUGAUUUUCAAAAUUGCGACUAGCGAGGUAUGAAUCACAUCGCUCGGCAUGAAAUCGUGGAACGAUAUGAUUGUACCCUGCCCUGUGGCAGGUCGGUAAAACAGUGCUGCAUUUUAUUAGCCGUAGUUUUAGCCCAAGGUAUUACCAUAGCUUUUACAUGC